AGCAAAUGCAAAACUUUAUUUGCUCAAAAUUUGAAUAUUUUUUCGCAUCUGCAUUUGGAUAUAAAACGACAGUCAUUUCUCAUACGAAUUAUUCGGCUAGCUGUUCUGGUGGUGGUCACAGUCACAGAAAGUAUUCCAAUCUUCAAGUUAACAAUGAAAUUAUUAAUUGGUGUAGUUGUGGCAUUGCUUUGCAUACAAACAAUUCAAGCUUCUUUCUUCCGCCUCGAAAGCCAAUGCCAAAGAGACCUCAGAGUUCGCAAAACGGGUGUGAGUAGAUGGUUCCGUCAAACAUUCAAACCAGACCACGAUAUUGCCCACAGUCAUCUAACUAUCAUCAAGGAGGUUUGCGAUCAGCUAACGAAAGCCCUUGAAGCAUAUUCAGCCACUACGCCUACGGCAGCUGAGAUUGCAGAAUUUUUCAUAGCUUUCUUCCAAUUGCAUUUGAAAGCUGUAAACGCUAUCACCCAACUACGGUACUUCUGUGACGUACUACUUAAUCUAUCCGAUGAAUACAAAUGCAGUCGGCAACUAGCAUGCGACAAGAGUUUGACUUUGUCAGGAUGUGAGGCCCAAACAAAUAUAGAAAUUUGUGACCAAUUGGCAUUCCACGAUGGACUAACCCUUUUGGCCGCACAGACCAAAACACUAUUGGAUGAACUUUUAGAGUCAUGUGAUGAUUUAUACGAACAGGCAAGAUCCACCGAUUGUCAAAACAGAGCGAACGGUAACGAAUGUGGUGCUGGUCAGAGCGGUAGUGUGGAUGUAGUGAGCAAUUUCGAAACCAUUUUCCUUCCUUCGUUCAUUGCUCGGCAUGAUAUUGCUCACGAAGAACUAAAUGGCAUUGAUGAUAUAUGCAAACUUUUGUCCAAAGCAAUCGACGAAUGGAUUAACAGAAAAUAAUUGAUAUUUUUUGUGUGAUGUUAACCAACUUAAAAAUAAAAUGGCAGCGAAAUUAA